GUAAAACAGCAUGUUGAAAUGGGCAGGCGAUGCAAGUGGUCCAAAUUGGUCUUACAUGUUUGGAUCUUCUGGGCCUGUUUAUUAGUCUAGCCAUCUCAUUUUGCAGAAACUGCAACUUCUAAAUAUUCUUCAGGGCAGUCCAUAUAGAGUGCAUUGCAGUAAACUAAAUUAUUCUGCAGGAUUACCAGAGCAUAGAUUACUGAGACCAGGCCAUCCCUGUCCAGAUAGGAGCACAGCUGGACCAUUAGCCAGACCUGUUAGAAGACCCUCUGUCCCCCUGAGGCUCCUAAGCAUCAAGUGAUAAAGAUGGCUCCAGGAAUAUCCCCAAGAUCUUUCAAGAGGAGAGAACAGGUUGAACAGCCUCCAUCCUCCAGCCUCCUCCAGUAGCAUCUCAGUUCUGUCUGGAUUGAGCUUCAGUUUGUUAUUCAGUUGUCAAAGUAAGGCACUCAAUUAGCACAUCCACAGCCUAGCCUGUUGAAUAUUAAAACGAGAAAUGGAGCUGUGUGUCAUCAGUGUAUUGAAUGCAACUUAUACCAAAACUUCUGAUGACCCUGCUCAGGAUGACCCUGUUUCAUGCAGAUGUUGAAUGGCAUGGAGAACAAAGCAACUCCUGAGGAACACCAUACUGGAGAGUCCAUGGGCAGAGCUGUAUUUCCCAAGUACCACCUUAUGGAGUUGACCAUCCAAGUAAGAGUGGAACCACUGCAUAUGCAUAUCCACUCCUAUCCAUAUCUUAGCCAGCCACCCCUGAAGGAUACCACUGUCAGUAGUAUAAGAAGCUAUAGAGAGAUCCAGAAGUAUAAGCAGGGUCACAUUGCCCUCUUUCUCUCCCGAUAUAGGUCAUCAUACAGAGUAAUCAAACUAUUUCCAUACCAAAACCCAGCCUGAAUCCCAACUCAAAUGGAUUCAGCUAAUCAGUCUCAUUCAAGAGCACCUGGGCAUUUAUUCAAAACUGCUUAAGAAAGGAAGUUUUACCACCCGCUUAAAAUUGUUGAGAUCUUCCUGGGACCAAAGAAUGUUUCUUCAGGGGUGGCCUUACCACUGCCUAUUUCAGGAUAAUGGCAGGAAAAGUAAAGUGGGUGACUGACAUAGAGAAAUCCGUGCUAAUAAACAACUUUGAAAAGAGAGGGUGGGUUCAGGUGUCAGAAAAUGAAGAUUGGAACUUCUACUGGAUGAGUGUGCAAACUAUUCGUAAUGUUUUCAGUGUGGAAACUGGUUACCGCCUCUCCGAUGAUCAGAUUGUCAACCAUUUCCCAAACCAUUAUGAGCUUACCCGAAAGGACUUAAUGGUAAAAAAUAUCAAGAGAUACAGGAAAGAACUAGAAAAAGAAAGUAGUCCUCUUGCAGAGAAAGAUGAAAAUGGAAAAUACCUUUAUUUAGACUUUGUUCCUGUCACCUUUAUGCUUCCAGCUGAUUAUAAUUUAUUUGUUGAGGAAUUCCGGAAAAACCCUUCCAGUACCUGGAUUAUGAAACCCUGUGGAAAAGCUCAAGGGAAAGGAAUAUUCCUUAUUAAUAAACUUUCACAAAUUAAAAAAUGGUCCCGGGACAGCAAAACCUCAACGUUUGUGUCUCAGUCAUCUAAAGAAGCAUAUGUGAUUUCUCUCUAUAUCAAUAAUCCAUUACUGAUUGGUGGGAAGAAAUUUGACCUGCGUUUGUAUGUAUUAGUUUCAACUUACCGUCCUCUGAGGUGUUACAUGUAUAAGCUUGGGUUUUGUCGGUUUUGCACAGUAAAAUAUACGCCAAGUACAAGUGAAUUAGACAACAUGUUUGUGCAUCUUACAAAUGUUGCUAUUCAGAAACAUGGGGAUGAUUACAAUCACAUCCAUGGUGGCAAAUGGACAGUGAGCAAUCUGCGUUUGUAUCUAGAAAGCACUCGAGGGAAAGAGGUCACCAACAAGCUGUUUGAUGAAAUACACUGGAUAAUUGUGCAGUCACUGAAGGCUGUUGCACCUGUAAUGAACAAUGAUAAGCACUGCUUUGAGUGUUAUGGCUACGACAUCAUCAUUGACGAUAAGCUUAAACCAUGGCUUAUUGAGGUCAAUGCUUCUCCUUCUCUUACAUCCAGUACUGCCAAUGACCGCAUACUUAAAUAUAAUCUUAUUAAUGACACGCUUAACAUUGCUGUGCCGAAUGGAGAAAUUCCAGACUGUAAGUGGAAUAAAACACCCCCCAAGGAAGCUCUUGGAAAUUAUGAAAUUUUAUAUGAUGAAGAGAUGGCACAAAGUGAAGUGCCAGAUCGUGAUUUGCGCAGUCGUUCUGGACAACCCGUUGGGUUUAAGGGAAACCGAGGCAGGGACACUGGAAAAUCAGGACCCCUUACAUGGAAGUAGAUGGAGAAGGAACUGAGGACGGAUGCUUCCUAAAAUGGAGGGUUGUGCCUUGGUAGGAUGUUCUUUUGAAAUGAAUGCUCAUAAUCUAGAUGACCUUUUGCAGAAUGCUGUUAUGGGAGAGGUAAUGUUGCUUGAGGAGGACAAAAUAGUUUUUUGUACUGUGGUGACAAAUACUAUGGAGGCUUGUACAUAAUUGAUCUAAUGGCAUGUACAUAAACUUCUAUUUUAUAUUCAGUUCAUUGCAGUUUUGCUGCAAGAUUCUUAAGCAUAUAUUAUAUUGAAUAGCUGUAAUAUAGAGUCUGGAUUAAUGUGUGUUGGAUUAAACCUUUUAAAAAUAAUAACUCGUUUUCAUGACACCAGUUUCUUUAAACAAGGAUUACUGUCUCGCAUUGCAGAUACAUGCAUGCAAAAAUUAGCUUUCCUGAAUUGUACCAGAAUUACAGAAUAUGUAUAAGAAUAUACAUAUUUUGCAUUUACAAAAGCCACAAAAGUAGUCAGAAGUGUAAGGAUCAGUAUUAGAUUUUAAAAACUACGUGGUAUCUUGUUCUAAGUUUCUUCAAGGAUUAAGUAUGUUCAAAGGAAACAUAAUAGACUUCUAUUACAUAAGGAGACUUACAGAAGUCUUGAAAUUUCUGGGUGUCGUGAGGACAGUGUGACGGACCAGUUCUGACUAUAUAUAGCACAGACUGAUCUAUAGGUUGUGUGCUGUUACAGCACUUUCUUUAUGAACAAUUUGAUACACAGCUAUUAUUGGAAGAAUCAAUGUCAGUGUUGAAUUCCAAGUAUCUUUUUCCAUAUCUAAUUUGGCAGGUGCACAAAAGCAUCGAUGCAGUACAGUGAAUUUUGACAGAGAAGCCUUCUUAAAACUUGGGUCAUUUCCAUACUAUUCCUUUUCACUCAGAAGUAGUGCACUAGGCUUUUCCUCCUAGUAGUGUUUCAGUACUUGUUAUGCUUCCUGUGAUUAUUGUCUUGCUUGAUGACCCAGAUAAACCUCUGCUUCAAUCUAUUGAACCAUAAUUGUAAGCAAAUAUAUGAGUGAUCUUACUUCCUUCACCUUUGGAAGGACAUUUUAAAUUACAAACCCAGUUUCUCUUCUCUUCUUUAAUAUCACCUCUUUGUGAUGUUGCUGCCAAAAUUGAAGUGGUUAGCUAUGUUAGUUGCUCAUGCAGAAAGUCCUGAAGAGACAGAAAGAAAACAGCAUUUGGGAAGUUAACAGGAGUGCUGCAGCACUGUCAUGAACUGUAGUUACAAAACUAGUCUCUUUAGGAAGUGUGUUUCAAGUAUAAGUUGCCAAAUAUUAAGGAUACUCCCAUGCUUUGGUGUGGUUUCACUUGUAGAUAAAGUCAGCCAAGAGCAGAGCCAAGUGGCAAGGCAGGCUGGAAUGUGGGGCUAACCAUGUGCCCUUCUGCUCUGACUCAUUUCCCAUUGCCUGUACUAGUUGUGGCAUAUAUUUCAGAGGGCAUAUGGGAAUGUUCAAUCAUGGUGGGUGCAAAUUUGUAGAUGAAUGAGCAUAUAUCAAGCGUGGUGCCUUAAUCAAAAUGGCAUGUUAACCAACAGCUUUAAAGGUUAAGAAUGUUCAUUUGUUCUCUGUAAAUGCAGUUUCCAAAUCUCUCCUUGAAUUGUUAAGUGUUCCCUCUCAAUGGGUCAUAUCUUGGCUGGGAGAAAUCUGCUGUUAGUACAUUUGCAGUCCAAUAAUGAAUGUCAUUGUUGUGAUGUCAUCCAGAAGGGCAGAUGUUUCCUCCUUACCUCCCAAAACACACAUUGUUAGGAAAUGGUACUAUGCCCAGGCCUUGGAACAAAUUGUGCUGUUGUAAAAAAGAAGCAUUUUAUCAUCAGAACAGAUACUUAACCUCAUGAGGAAUCUCCAGAUAGAUGCUCCAAAUAAUACACCAAAACUUCCCCAUAUGUAUAUUUGAUCAACAUUCAGAAAAGCAUUUCAUAGACACAAAAAUCCAUUUCCUGACAUCCUUUGGAUAAUUUCUGUUUUCAUGAAGCUGACAUGUUGUCCAUUGCUGUGUAUUGCUUCAUAAUUAUGGGUGUUUAUGUCUCUAAAGUUAAUGCACAAUAUAAUGAAAUUGUAUAUAUUAUUUUAUACAGAAUAUAUAAUGUCUAUUAUCUAUAUUAUAUACAUAACAUUUAUCAAUAAAUAUCUAAUAAAAUUGUGUAUUAACUUUAUUACAAAGGUUUCUCUUUUUAAUAUUGCUUGCAUAUUAACUUGCAAAUGGAAAAGCAAAGUUAACAGGAAAUUAGGGUUCAUUCCUGUCCUUAAGAUCUGUAGGCUCAUGGACGAGAGGGUUUGGCAAAUGCACUGCUAUGCUGUAGAACACUGUGACAGAUACACCACCAGGAAACCUCAGAUAUGCUGGUGAACUGUUGUGCUGUGAAAAAAGACACCAGUGAAAUGGAUGAAAUGGAGCAGAAUUGUGGGUGGUACAUGGAUAGCACGGGGAAGCACUUGGUACAUGGAUAGCACGGGGAUAGCACUUGUGCCAUAUCA